AUGCCGCCGCCUCGUCCGUAUCGUGUUCUUUACCGGACAGUACCAAGCCUUUGUCCUUCUGAAUCUUCUGUUAAUCUCUCCCUUAGCCUCACCUUUCCUUCUACUUCUCCACAAAGAGAGACAAGACAAGAUUGGCCACCGAUUAAGUCUCUAUUAAGAGAUACACUUAAGGGUCGUCGUCUCCUUCGUCGCGGCGAUGAUACAUCUUUAUGUGUUAAGGUUUAUAUGGAAGGUGUGGCCAUUGGAAGAAAACUCGACCUUUGUGCAUUCUCUGGCUACGAGAGUCUAUUAGAAAAUCUCUCUCAUAUGUUUGGUACUUCAAUCAUCUACAAAGAUGGUGAUUGGAUGAUGCUCGAAGAUAUUCCAUGGGAAGACCUUCAACGUGGAACAGAGCUCUUGAUGAGUAUUGCAACAAAGGCAUUAAAGAACUUGGAGAACUCUUCGGGAGAGUCCAGUCAAAUCACUAAAGUAAAAGAAAUGGAAUGGAAACUAGUUAUGGGUGGCCGAGGUAAUCGUGGCUGGGGAAAAGGUGGUCGUGGCUAG